AUGGCAGCGCCUCCACAAGCUGUGGAAGUGGGCUCGGACACGCACAUCACGGUGCAGGGCUGUGGGCAUCCUGUUGUGGGCAGCAUUGUCAACGGGUCCUUCAUCCGAAAUGGCGAGAAUCACGGCAAACCGACGUACAAGAAGACUGAGCAGACCAAAGAUGGUGUGGACGUCCUCAUCUACUUCUGGAACGAUACUGCGAAUCCCACCUUCUGCGGAUGGUGGUUUGGGCCUGAAGUCGGCGCUGAGCAGGUUUGGGCUUUCAACUCCAGCCGGUUGGCCACAGCGCCCUUGUCUGGAUGGAAAGUGCCCUAUGACGGCCCAGUGGAUCCGGGAUUUCACAUUGCGGUUGACAGGAAGGCAUCUGCCAACGAGAAGCGAUUGAAAGCUGAGGCGGAAGCCAAGCAGCACAAAGAGGUUGACCGAGCGAUGGGGCAGAUUCGCCAAGUACUUGGGAAGCUCAAGAGGGCGACUGCGGAGAAUCUGGAGCAGCUGGAAGAAGAGUUGAAAGCGGUGAUGGAAAAAGAGCUGGCAGCCUGUGGGCCCCACCAAAGCAAGCUGAAGGAGGACUGCGAGAAGGCGGUCGAACAGGCAAUAUCAGUGGGUCCCGUUUCAGCCCGGCGUUGGGCCAUGAAGAAACUCUUCACCUUAGGGCCUCAAUACCAUGGUCACAGCCAGGUGCUCUUUGCAUGGCAACCCAGUGGCAAUUACGUGGCCUCCAUUGGUGAAGGCUCCCGAAAUCUCUUCUUGUUUGAUCGCCGCGGGGUACAGGUGGAAGAGGUGACGUUGAAAUCCACGGCCAAAGUGACGCAAUUGGAAUGGGAUAAGGAUGGAGAGAUCUUAGCCAUUUUGCAGCAGAAAGAGGAGACCGUGAUGCUCUGGAGACAUGCCGAGAAUAAGUUGGACAUGUUGGAGAUGAGUUCCAAGGAUCCGACCUGGCUCAGUUGGUCGAAAAGUGGCCCACAGCUGGUGAUUGGAACUGCCCGGGGCAAUUUGAUCAUCUACAACAAGAGGACCAUGAAAAAGCAGACCAUCAUGGGCAAACAUUCCAAGAGGGUUUCUGCUGGUGCCUGGCAUGCAGCUAACCUCUUCGCGACAGGCUCUGAGGACAAGACCGUGUGCCUAAGUAAUGAGGAUGGUGAUGCACUGGAAGGAACCGACUCAGAACCGCUGAGAUUAAAAAACGAUCCCAGCAUGAUGCAGUUUGCCGACAUCAAAGGGGAUGGCGGUGAUGGCACUAGGGAGAAGUUAGUGAGUAUUGUGCUGGGAGAGGUGACUUUGUUGCUGUGUAAUUUGAAAGAGCCGCAGAAACCCACCGAACUGGCGUUCCAGCCCAAGUAUGGCACCAUCAAGUCCUAUGCCUGGUUUGGAGAUGGCUAUUUGGUGGUUGGCUUCUCUCAGGGCUACAUUGUCAUCAUCAGCUCGCAGAUGAGAGAGAUGUCUGAAGAGCUGUCUAGCGUCAAGUACCAUCGCAAUAGCUUGGACUGCCUUUGCUGUAGCAAGGCUGCUGGCAAGAUCGCUUCAGCUGGAGAUGAUGGUAUCAAGAUUAUCAGCAUGAAGGACUGGACAGAGAUUCGGAAUGAGAAAAUCCAGAUCCGUCCAGAAGCCAAGGUGACGCAGAUGCAUUGGUCCGAAGAUGGCGAACUUCUGUCCUUCUCCACCGAGGCUGGUUGGGUCUACUGCUUCCUGGCGAAGUUGCAGGUGCUGUCCGCCACCUGCAACACCAGGUUGGCAUAUCUGACCUCCUUGAGGGAGAUGACCAUCAUCGAGGGCACCAAUGAGAGUGAAAACAAGGUCACCAUCAGCACCGAUUUGGAGCCCGCUUUUGUGGCCCUGGGUCCCUCGCAUCUGGCCACUGGGAUGAACAACCGGAUCUGGUUCUACUCCUGCGCCGACCAGGUCUCGGCCCAGUGCGUCAACGAACAGGAGUACAUUGGGAGCGUGGAAAGCGUGAGCUUGAACGGCGCACACGCCUGCGUGCUGAUUGAUGGCCGCGUGUACCUGCACCAAAUCGAACGGGGGGAUGGCAAGACGACCAUUUUUCCGCGCAAGGAAGAUGACAAGAGCAUCACCUGCGCUUCCAUUGUGGGCAACUUCCUGAUCUAUGCCCACUCCAAUGGUCGAUUGCAGUACUACUCCCUGAUUGAUGGUCAGGAAGUGAAUGAGUACAAACACGCCAAUGGCAUCCGAAAGUGCUUCCCGAAUCAUGAGGGAACGCGUGUGGCUCUCAUUGAUACCUCUGGCACUGCAUGGCUCUACAAUCCCAUCAACGAUGACUGCAUCCAAAUUGCCGAUUUCCCGGUCACCGCGGACCGCAUCUUAUGGGAUAGUAGUGACUCCACCAUUUUCGUGGCCUGCGACCAGUUCAACCUCCACACCUUCGUGUACAGCCAAGUGGAGGUGGGUGGAAGUGGCGUCCGUUGCCUGGGUGAUGUGGAGCUGGGCUUGCAGUGGGAGCUGCGGAUCGAGCCAUCUCCUAGUCCCUUGCAACACGGUCAGAUCGCUGUUCUGGUGGUGGAUGGCACCGUGACGUGUCAACAGGCCAGCGGCGGCUUGUACCAGCAGAGACUGAAAUCACACGACAUGAGCAGCAACGCCCAUGUGGCGGAUGCGGUGGAGCGACAGAAGGGCUGCAUGUUACAGGCCUUAGCCUUGAACCGCUUUCCCUUGGCCUUCAAAAUUGGCUUGGCCUUGAAUGCCAGAGAGCUUUGGUUGGCCAUGGGUCGCCGAGCUCUGGAAUGCUUGGACAUUUCUUGGGCUAAGAAGGCCUAUCGGCAAGCGCCAGCUGCUGGCAUGGUGAUGUACCUAGAUCGAAUUCAGACCGUGGAGGAUAAGCUGCUGUUGAGUGGACAUGUCAGCGCACUCUUCGGGGACUUUGCCAAGGCCAGAGGCUACUUCCUUCAGAGCUGUUCCCCGGAGACGGCUCUGGACAUGCACUGCGACUUCCUGCAGUGGGACCAGGCACUUCAGCUGGCCCAGACCUUGGCGCCGCAUCGCUUGGGAGAUAUCUAUUUGAAGAGUGCCAUGCAAUUGGAAGGUAAAAAUCAGAAUGAACAGGCGCUGUCUCACUAUGAGAUGGCCAUGCGCGACCACGUCCCGGGCACCCGUGGAGAGCAUGAAGCCCUCUGUCGGGCGGGCAUCGCACGCUGCUCCAUUCGGAUGGGCGACCUGGCCCGGGGCAUGCAGAUCGCGCUGGAGUUGAACGAUCCGGCGGUGUGCCGGGAAUGUGCGCAAGUCCUGGCCAAGAUGAAGCAAUACGUGGAGGCGGCGCAGCUCUAUGAGGCCGCUGGAUCCUAUGACCAGGCGGCCUCGUUGUACAUCUUGGACACUAACUUCGAGGCCGCGGCGCCGUUGAUGGCGAAGAUCAGCACCCCCAAGCUGCAUCUGCAGUUUGCCAAGGCUAAGGAGUCGCGUGGAUCCUACCAGGAUGCAUUGGUGGCAUAUGAACGGGCCCGAGAUUUGGACAGCGUGGUCCGGAUUUGUUUGGACAACCUGAACCAGCCCCAGAAAGCCUUCCAGCUGGUUCGUGAGACCAAAUUGGCCAGCGGGGCGGAGCGUGUGGCGGAGUAUUGCCGGAAGAACGGCAACGUGGCGGGUGCCGUGGAAUUUUAUCUCUUGGCCAAGAAUGAUGAGGAGGCCUUCCUGCUGGCUGAAAGGCAGGAUGAGAUGGCCACCUAUGAAGCUGGGCUGGGAGACAAUGGCACACGAGAUCAGUACAAACGCAUCGCCAAGUACUAUGAGCAGAGAAACAUCCUAGCAUAUGCGGCAAGACACUAUGCCAACUGCGAGGAGUAUUCGACUGCCCUGAAGUUGUACUUGAAGGUUGGUGAGAAGGAGAUCGACCACGCCAUUGAGGUGGUGGGGCGGGCAAGGAAUGACUCGUUGACUCACACACUCAUUGACUACUUGAUGGGUGAAACUGACAACGUCCCGAAGGAUGCCAACUAUGUCUACCGCUUGCACAAAGCCUUGGGCAACUACAUGCAGGCGGCGGGCACUGCUCAUAUCAUUGCCAAGCAGGAGCAGGAGAUGGGCAACUACAAGCAGGCGCAUCAGCUCCUUUUCCGAACCUACCAGGACUUGAAGAGUCAACAGCUGGCUCUGCCACAAGAGCUCUGGAGACGGCUCAUGCUGCUGCACUCCUAUGUGAUUGUGAAGCGCUUGGUGAAGGCUGGAGACCACCCCAGCGCCGCCAUCAUGUUGGUCCGAGUGGCCAAGAACAUCCAGCAGUUUCCGGCACACGUGGUCCCCAUCCUGACCUCCGUGGUCAUCGAAUGCCAACGCGCCAAGAUGAUUGGGGAGUCCUAUCAAUAUGCCUGCACCUUGAUGAAGCCCGAGUACCGCAAGGACGUCUCGGAGCAGUACCGCAAGAAGAUCGAGAACAUCGUGCGGAAGCCGCCGCCGGAUAGCGAUCAACGGGAUGUGCUCGAGGCGAAUCUGCCGUGCAUGUACUGUGGCUUUUCCUUCGUGGAGUCCCAACUGGACUGCCUGAAUUGCAAGAAUAUCUCUCCCUUCUGCAUUGCUUCGGGCAUGCGCAUGUUGAAGGAGGACUGGUCCAACUGUCCGGCCUGCAAUUUUCCAGCCAGGCAUUCGGUCUUCACAGCCACCCUGCAGCAGAACGACCAGUGCCCAAUGUGCGACUCAGUAGUGAAGCCUCAGGAAGUUACUCUGGUUCCAGACCCGGUGAACCAGAUCAACUACUACAAGUCCUUGUUCCAAGCAGCCGAAAGUGAGAGUGCCCCAGCACCUCCACCGCCACCACCACCGCCCUAACAAAACGGGCGCCCCUUUAUCAAAGGGGCCAGUAGUAGUAAACUCAACGCCAAAGUUGCUGUGAGCUGUCAUGCUCAGUGUUUCACUUCUGAAUUGGUAGUGCAAGUGUCCAAAAAUGUACAUCACUAUUGCAACAGAAUGUCCAAUUGCGAAAAAAUAC